AUGAGGCUGCUGAGGCUCGUCUCCAUCAUAGUACACAAGUACUACUCCGUCUUGGUGACGGAGUGCGAGAUCUUCCUGUCGCUGACCAUAAAGUUCCUGGAUCCCGACAAACCUCUAUGGCAGAGGGCGCUGGCGUUGGAAGUUCUACACAAGAUGACCAUACAGCCGAAUUUGCUACAAUCGUUCUGCGAGUGUUACGACAUGCGCCCGCACGCCACGAACAUAUUCCAAGACGUGGUGAACGCGCUCGGCGCCUACGUGCAGAGCUUGUUCGUCGCCUCUCAAGUCAACACCACCGCCGGUCAGUAUAAUACACUUGCUGUUUUGCCGCGACUUCACACGCGUUAA